GUACUGAAAGCUAAAUCAAAGAUGACGGUUCUGGACGAGGUCGAUAUUAUUGUGUGUGGAGGUGGCAGUUGUGGUUGUGUCGUUGCUGGGAGGUUUGUCUAUUCCUCUCCCGGCCCCCUCCUUGUUAUGGGGUCGGAAUAAGGUAAGAAUAAGGUUAACUCUAUUGAACAGAUUAGCAAACCUCGACCAUAACCUCCAAGUACUCUUGAUCGAAGGCGGAGAAAGCAACUUGAACAACCCAAAUGUCUUCCGCCCUGGAAUUUGUAUAGGGACAUACCUCGCUUAAGUCUACCGUCAUUAACUUUACUUCUAGAUCCCCGUAACAUGAAAUUGGACAGCAAAACUGCGUCCUUCUACUACUCUCGACCAUCAGAAUGGCUUGGCGGUCGAAAGGCUAUUGUGCCUUGUGCCCACAUUCUCGGAGGAGGAUCAUCCAUUAAUUUCCUCAUGUACACGCGUGCUUCGGCGUCGGACUACGAUGACUUCCAAGCGAAGGGUUGGUCGACAAAAGAAUUGAUUCCUCUCAUGAGGAAGCAUGAGACAUAUCAACGUUCUUGCAAUAAUAAGUAUGACCUCAGUUCCUAGAGCAUAAAGUGAUUUGAGAGGCUAACUUAUUUGUCCGAAGGGGUGUCCAUGGCGAUUCGGGUCCAAUCAAAGUUUCUUUUGGCAACUAUACAUAUCCUAUCAUGUCGGAUUUCUUGAGGGCAGCUGAAUCACAAGGCAUCCCUACGACUGACGACCUCCAAGAUUUGACUACUGGACAGUAAGUCAUGCCCACCUCUGAAUUGUGAUAUGUAUGUCAUAGGUAACAAAUUAAAGUGGUGCUGAGCAUUGGCUCAAAUGGAUUAAUCGAGAUGUAAGUUGCACAAAGGCCCUGUCUCUCAGAGUUGCUAACAAAGGUUAUCAGACGGGGCGACGAAGUGACUCGGCUCACGCUUACGUCCACUCCACACGCGCCGUCCACCAAAAUCUACACCUCCAAUGCAACACCAAAGUCGACAAAGUUAUAAUUGAGAACGGACGCGCUGUUGGUGUUCGCACUGUUCCAACAAAGCCUCUCCAUCCAUCCGUAAGUACCCAUCAUUCCCUUAGCUAAACAUUGUUGAUACGAGUCCCCCCAAGCAGCAACAAUCACGCACCUUCCGUGCCAGAAAGCAGAUUAUCAUUUCCGGAGGUACACUUUCGAGCCCAUUGAUCUUGCAGCGAUCUGGAAUUGGUGAUGCGCAGAAAUUGAGGAAGGUUGGUGUCAAGCCUAUUGUGGACCUCCCUGGUGUGGGUCUGAACUUCCAAGAUCAUUACUUGACUUUCUCUGGUACGUUAAGGACCUCUUCCUUCUGCAUUAUUUACAUAUUGACUCAGUCAGUCUACCGCGCAAAACCCGACACCGAGUCGUUCGAUGACUUCGUUCGAGGUGUUCCAGAGGUCCAGAAAGCGGUCUUUGACGAAUGGAAUCUCAAGGGUACUGGUCCUCUCGCCACUAAUGGUAUCGAUGCCGGUGUUAAGAUACGACCCACUGAGGAAGAGCUCAAGGAGAUUGAAUCCUGGCCUACACCACAUUUCAAGAGUGGUUGGGAUUCGUACUUUAAGAACAAACCUGACAAGCCUGUUAUGCAUUAUUCGGUCAUUGCUGGGUAAGCUUCGCUCUUCUCAUCGUUAAUAAGCGAGUUGCUGAUUAGGUAUAGGUGGUUUGGAGACCAUAUGUUGAUGCCGCCGGGAAAGUUCUUCACCAUGUUCCACUUCUUGGAGUAUCCAUUCUCGCGUGGCUCAACCUUUAUCAACUCGCCUGAUCCAUAUGAAGCUCCAGACUUUGAUGCAGGGUUCAUGAACGAUGAGAGGGAUAUGGCACCCAUGGUUUGGGGAUACAUUAAAUCCCGUACCUACCCCCUUUCCACUUCGACUCACUAAAAGCCAGCAACUGACAAAUCAACAGGUGAGACAGCUAGAAGAAUGGAUUCCUAUGCCGGUGAAGUCCAGAACAUGCAUCCCAUGUACGCCUACAACUCCCCCGCCGCGGCCCGCGACAUGGAUCUUGCAACCACCAAAGCCUAUGCCCUACCUGGCAACAUCUCAGCUGGAAUCCAACACGGCUCAUGGUCUCAACCCAUCGGCUCGGGUACCGACCCUAAAGCCACAUACCUUAACUCCAACUCCCAGCCCCUCUACGAGGACCUGAAGUACUCCAAUGCCGACAUCGAAGCUGUCGAAGACUGGGUGAAGAGACACGUCGAAACGACAUGGCACUCUUUGGGAACAUGCUCCAUUGCUCCGAAAGAGGGGAAUAGUAUUGUGAAACAUGGGGUUUUGGAUGAGAGGUUGAAUGUUCAUGGGGUCAAGGGGUUGAAGGUUGCGGAUUUGAGUGUUUGUCCUGAUAAUGUUGGGUGUAACACUUAUAGCACUGCGCUUCUGAUUGGCGAGAAGUGUGCGAUGCUUGUGGGUGAGGAUUUGGGGUACAAGGGGAGUGAUUUGGAUAUGAAGGUAGGCCUGGUUUUCUAUAACCCUUUCUAACUUACUUUGGUUUUCUGUUGUGGAUGGGCUGAUGCUGAUCGAUGAUACUAGGUACCCAAUUACCACGCCCCAGGUGAACUCUCGGCUAUCAUUACUUCGAGACUAUAAGUUGUUCGCGAAGACUAAGGGUCUGAUAGGAAGGAACAACUACUCUUGAUUCAGGAGAUUGCUUUUCGUGGAAGCAAAGGUGAUUUGUCAG